AUGCCAGACUCGCGGCCCUUCUCAAUGAGGGUAUGCUGCUUGUUCAUCGUCCCCAUUGCUCCUCACAUUGCUAAGAAGCAGCAGAUGGGCUCGUAUGACCAACCUCCCGCCACAUCCGAAUCGUCAACUCCACGAACUCGCGGAAGCCGCCUCUCAAGCGCCCUCCGAGCCACCGAGGACAUGGCGGCAAGCGAUCUGGAGCAGAUGGGAGCUCCUAGACAACGGCAGACAGCACGACGACGAGUCACUCUUCAACGCCGACGUCAGCGAUCACCAGGCUCAGACGCGCGAGAUACAGGCAGCGACGACUCCAUCCGACGCCGAGCAAAACGGAGGAGGCUGGACUUCGAGGCACCCAUGCCGCCAAGACUGCCCAUCAAGUAUGGGUACUAUGGCCAAGUAGAGCCUGUCUUCCCCGACGAAGGCGUACCUGUCACGCUGCUCAGCGAUGAAGAGCCCGGCCCUGAAGAGACCUCCUCACCAGACGUCAUAGACUUCCGCUUGCAGCGCCUUCGGAGCAUGCGUCGCAGAGUUGAGAUGGAAAGCUGGGAUCGCGAUCGAGAACGCUGGACCGAGCCCGGCAACGGUUAUGGUCCGGAAGCAGGGUAUGGACCAGCAUAUUAUCAGCCGCCCGAGGAGAGGCCUGAUGGCACCGAAUAUUAUGAUGACGGCCUUAACGAUCCCAAUGUGACACGAGCAAAGUUCCACAUUCAACGUGGAAAGUACAAGGUCGCCAUCAAAUUUGAUCCACCAGUGUCUGGUCGAUUUAUUCUCCUCAAGCUAUGGGCCAAUAGGGACAAUGUGGACGUGCAAAGCGUGAUCGCAAAGGGCUUUGGUGGAUCAAGGUUCUUUCCGGCCGUUGAGUUGCGAUAG